GCUUCUUAAAAACUUUUGUUUCCUGGCUACGAUGACUUGUUUAUAACAGCGACAUUUGUUGCAAAACAGUUGGCCAUGAUAAAUGGGGAUUUAAUUUUCUUCCCAACCCAUUUUUAGCUACUAUUUCUUCCAUAUCAAGCCAGUGCCGUCAGCAAAGACUGUGUCUCAGCAAUAAACUUGAAAACAGAGCAGUUGAAUGACUAAAGUUGUUCAAGAGCCUCACUGUUGCUUUGCUUUAAAAACUAGCUGUUCUUUCGGAGUGAUUACUAAACUACUUCAGGGUUUAUCAUUCUACGUCUCUUUUAAAAAGAAUAUAUUAAAGGACAUAUCUGGAAACAUUUACUAUUGGGAGAAAAUUGCUACACUUGAAAUAAAUCACUCCAAAAGUUCAGGAUACCAUGCGUAACAAAAUGGUGGUUUUAUCUUUGAGUGUAACUAUGCUGUUGUCACUCUUCAUUUCUUAUUCAACCGGCACUGAUGAAGUUCCUUUGAAAGAUAAUUGUACUCUGGCAAACAUCGAAGAGAAAAUCAAUGACAUGUGGUUUCACUUAUUUCACCAUCAUCCCAUCCGUAAUGGCUCUAAAGACGUAUAUGCCAUCUGUGUGCUAAAGCCCAGCACAAAGCUGGAACCUGGGAAACCAGUGAUAACUGGACACGUGCUCUUCAAACAAAGAGAUCAUAAAAAGAAAACCGAGGCCAUUUUUAAUGUGGAAGGAUUUCUGGCAGGAGAUGUCCAUCAAAAGCGAGCCAUUCAUGUGCACGAGUUUGGUGAUAUCAGUGAUGGCUGUGAUUCAACUGGUGGCCACUAUAAUCCAUAUGGAGUAAAACAUCCAUACCACCCAGGGGAUUUUGGCAACUUUCUUCCUAAAGAUGGCAAGAUCACCAAGAAAAAAAGCAUCAAAGUUACUCUCAUUGGACCUGAUUCCAUCCUUGGUCGUGCAAUAGUAGUCCACGAAAAUGAGGAUGAUCUUGGAAAAGGGGGCAAUGAAGCCAGUCAUUUGCAUGGAAAUGCAGGCAAGCGAUUAGCUUGUUGUGUCAUUGGGCUCAGCACCAAAAACAAAUGGUAUCAAAGUCAGAAUGAUUAUAAGUAGAAUGUGACUUUUUAGACUGUAUAAUACAACAUCAUAAUGUCAGACCAUCUUUUAAGAUGUUACCUUUAAUGAAUGCAGUUAAAAAUCAUCUGACCGGGUGAGUCAGAAUAUUGUGUUAACAGGUAGCAUACAAUAUGUAAAAACUAGCUGCUGUUUCUUAUUUUGCACUAUGACUGUGCUAUUAUUACCUAAUAAACUAUAUGAGAUUUCCUGCAUUGUUUUCCAUCUUUGAGAAAAUAUGAUUUCAUUUAUUAAUACUACUAACAAUCAACCUAAAUGUUUCUCACUUGAUCAGUCUGAUGCAUAUUUAUACACUUAUGAAUAUCUUUGUACCAGUUUCACAUAGUAAUGAAGUUACAAAACAUAGCACUAAUGAAUACACUUCAUUUGAAAUACUGCAUUUGUCUUGCUUUGUAAUAACAUGUAAAGUAUUUCUAAUAAAAGAAGAAAUGCCAAUGCCACUGAAAAAAAGAAAAAUAAAAUCACUGCAUUUUUAUAAAUCUUGCUAUUUUUUUAAAUCUUGGUAUUUUACUGCUUAACUGUGUCAUACCGAGUGAAAUGCUGAUUUGCAAUAAAUAUGACUUUCAUCUGUUA